AUGGACUUUGAUCCGUUAUCGCUAUUCACGCCUGCAGUGUCAUCCAUCACGGUGGACGUAGCGGUGCUGGAGCAGUCUGUCGAGAACCUAGACACCGUCAAGAUUGAAAACUUCGAAACUUCAAAGAACAUCAUCGCUCUGCUGCUUUCCAAUGACGAUAAUGAUCUAGUGCCGUUGCACAUUCACGACUUGCCUUUGCUUCGUAUGAAGCCCGCUUUUGUCGUUCUACACGUGUUUUUAAAGCUCCUAGCGCCCUUGACUGUGCACAAUUUCGAGCCUCCCGCAGAAACCGAUAAGGAUACCAAUGCGACAUUUGAUGAAAAACUGAUAAGCCCUCAAGAAGCCAAAGGAGCCUUAGAAUGGCUACAUGAUAAAGGAAGAUUCUCGUCAUCCGAUCAGCUUGCAUCGGUAGCGACUCUAGCCGAUCUGCUACGAAAGACGUUUGCAGCGCAGUACAAUGGAUGGUUGACCAGGCUCAUUUCGUCUGAUUUGGACUGGCUCAGCGAGGAAGAUCAGGAUAGCAUAAAGACGCUAGCUGCUCUACGGCUUGCUGAAAAUUGCGGCAGAACCGCUCAGCCUGAAUUCAUCAGACACAUUGAUAUACCCGGGCUUUCAAAAACAAUAUACUUGAAGGAGCCAUCGCUUACUUCUGAUAAGCUCGGGCUCAAGACUUGGGGAUCCCUGUUUAUUCUAGGCAGACGGUUGGCUCAGACUGUGGCAUAUUUAAAGGGCACAGUGUUGGAGCUUGGUUCAGGCACUGGCUUGGUAGGUAUGGUUGCAGGAGUAUUGGGCUUUCAAACAGUACUCACUGAUUUGGCUGAUAUCGUUCCCAAUCUUACAGACAAUGUGGAGCUCAAUAACAUCGAUGCAACCGUGGACAAUUUAGAUUGGAGUAACCCCAAAAGCUACUUGGAUAAGCACAACCUGCCCCGUUACACGACCAUCAUUUUAUCUGAUCCGCUCUACUCAUCGAAACACCCAGCGUGGAUCGUCAGCAUGAUAAACACUUUCUUAGAGGAGUCAGAGGAUGCUCGAAAAGACGUUUGA